UGUCUCUUCUCAGUCAGCAGCAACUGGUUGUGUGAAGAGACGCAGAGCGCCAACCAUUGCAGAUAAGCACAUCCCCACCAAACAACCACGUGUCAUCCACCUGAUUCUCCAUCCUCUCUGGAUUUUCUUCCACAAUUUCCAUAUCAUUCCAUUCACGCGUUUCACACACACACAAACACUUGCAGAGGAAGAAGCAGAAGCAGAAGCAGAAGCAGAAGCAGAACGAGAUGGCUGCAACUUCCUUGUGUUCCUCGACUCUCCAAUCCCAGAUCAAUGGACCUUCCUCCCUCCACAGCAAAACCGCUAUUUUCAACAAUCAUCCCCGUUCCCUCACUUUCUCCAGGAGGAAAAUUUCAACCAUCGUGAAGGCAUCAUCUCGCGUUGACAAGUUUUCGAAGAGCGAUAUCAUUGUUUCUCCAUCUAUUCUUUCUGCUAACUUUGCAAAAUUAGGAGAACAGGUUAAAGCAGUGGAGUUGGCAGGUUGUGAUUGGAUUCAUGUUGAUGUCAUGGAUGGCCGCUUUGUUCCAAAUAUUACAAUUGGACCUCUUAUAGUUGAUGCAUUGCGCCCUGUGACAGAUCUUCCCUUGGAUGUACACCUGAUGAUUGUAGAACCUGAACAGCGGGUGCCGGAUUUUAUCAAGGCAGGGGCUGACAUAGUCAGUAUUCAUUGUGAACAAUCUUCCACCAUCCAUUUGCACCGUACAGUCAAUCAAGUGAAAAGUCUGGGAGCUAAAGCUGGAGUUGUCCUAAACCCUGGUACCCCACUGAGUGCAAUAGAAUAUGUUCUUGAUGUGGUUGAUUUGGUCUUAAUUAUGUCUGUAAACCCUGGCUUUGGUGGCCAGAGUUUUAUUGAAAGUCAAGUAAAGAAAAUUUCUGACUUGAGAAGAUUAUGCGCAGAGAAGGGUGUGAAUCCAUGGAUUGAAGUGGAUGGUGGAGUUACUCCAGCAAAUGCUUAUAAGGUGAUUGAGGCUGGAGCUAACGCACUGGUUGCUGGUUCCGCUGUCUUUGGAGCUAAAGAUUAUGCUGAAGCUAUAAAAGGAAUCAAAACUAGCAAAAGACCUGAACCAGUUGCUGUGUAAAAGGCCUCCAUGGGAUCCUAUCCAGUUUAUAUUCCAAUACAAUAUUCAUAAAAAGCAAGCCUAUUGGGCAUUUAUUAUACUGCCUGGCUUGUUGGCACCACCAGCAAUUGCACCUCUCUGGACUUGACUAGAAAUCAGUGGAAGGCUUCCGCAGUGAUGUGUGUUUAUGUAUAUCUCUUGGAGUAUCAUAACAAGUUUAGUUCAAGAUAAAGCACUCUAUUCUGUAUCAGCUUGUAAGUUGUAACUAGUCAGUUGUGUUGUGUUCCCGCAUAUUGUAAAGCUAUUGUGCUUUUUAUUUAAUACAAGGUUUGAAGAAAUCCAAGUAAAAUUACUGUUUCCUUUCAAAGUUAAUGUCAUUUUAUUUCAUCACUA